AUGAGAUUCUCGCUUUUAACUCUUCUCUCAGUCGCGAUAGGCCUGACCAGUGCUGCUCCAAGUGGCCUGUAUACUCGCGAUGUGCCACCUAGCGAGUUAGCGCAGUUUAAAUUCUGGGUUCAGUAUGCAGCUGCCGCAUAUUGCCAUGACAACUAUGCUUCUAAAGUAGGCCACAAGUUGACCUGCUGGGCCGGGAACUGUCCACAGGUGGAGGCUGCUGACACCUAUAUUGUCUAUGACUACUCCAACACAACCGCUACCGACACAUCGGGCUUCAUCGCUGUAGACAACACAAACAAAGCCAUUAUUUUGGCUUUUCGUGGGUCUUACUCUGCUCGCAACUGGAUUGCCGACGGCGAAUUUCCAUACGCUGAUCCCAAGUUGUGUGAUGGAUGUGAAGCAGAGCUAGGCUUCUGGAGCUCGUGGAUGAUGGUUCGCAACGAAGUCAUCAAAUACCUAAACGCUACGGUUAAUGCCAAUCCUGAUUAUGAGGUUGUCGUAGUUGGUCACAGCUUAGGUGCUGCUGUCGCAACUCUCGCUGCCGCUGACCUGCGUGGAAAGGUCCUCCCUUCUGCCAACUUAUACGCCUUUGCGUCUCCCCGUGUCGCCAACCCUGCUUUGGCAAGUUACAUUACUGCCCAGUCUAACAACUAUCGUUUCACCCAUACCAAUGACCCUGUGCCCAAGCUACCCUUGUUGACUAUGGGAUACGUCCAUAUCAGCCCCGAAUACUACAUCACUGCUCCUAACAACGUUACCGUUUCUGCAAGCCAGGUGCAAGUGUUGGAGGGUGAGGUCAACUGGAAUGGCAACACUGGAACUGGCAUGCCUUCACCCACUGAUUUUCCGGCUCAUCAUUGGUACUUCGAGGAAGCGGAUGCGUGCAAAGGACCUGGUCUUCCAUUGAAGAUCUAG